AGAGGUUUAAAUUCCGAAAUUUCAUUUUUACAACUUUAAUCCCUCGAUAGGUUUGAAGUGGCUAAAGUGUCAUAAACCAACUUAAAGAUAUCCAAAGUAACUGUAUAGCCGCCCUGGAAACUCUUGAAAAACAUUAUCAAUUUGUCCAAUUUACAAUUUGUGUUUAGGUCAUUCGUUGUUGAAAGGUUCGAGUUGUAUCAGUCUUUGAAUAAUGCAAACAAUAUACCAAUUAAAAGAACCACAAAUUGACAGGGAAGAGGACGUCAGGACAAUUAUACAGACGUUUCUUUUUCAGUUCUCGGAGAAGGCGUACGGUGGGCCUUCGUUCAAUCGCCCGGCUUGCUGUUUUGCGCCGCAUAUUUAUGGAGCCGGCAAAACAUUUCUAGGCCAAAACUUUUUGGCCUAUUUGAAUAUUUUUGCAGAGCGUGAGUGUUCCAAUGCACAGACUUUUCAACAACUACACAGUUCAAACGAUAACCCCCAACCGAGUGCGUUGAAGGUGCCUUGGAAACACUUUGCGGAACAAACUUUGUCAGUUAGCUUACAACUAAAAGAGAGCUUUUCUCAUGCUCCUUUUCCAAGGUUUCGAAAGGCUUUGAUGUAUAAUAUAAUUUUGAACGCUUACCGACAAAAUGGUAAAGAUACGGACGCUCUUCAAAUAGCUGAAAGGACGAAACGAUAUUUAUUUUUGAUGAUAGACGAACUUAGCCACCUAAGUGACCUCACCAAAUACUAUAGUGAACUUACCACGAAACAGUUCGUCGAGUCCCACCCAAAAUAUAUACCGUACCGCAAAUUCUUCCGAAUUCUACAUAAGUUGCUGAAUACAGGAAAAGUAAUCGUCUAUCUGGCAGGGCGAACAGCUGAAAUCUCAGCCCCCCUGUCUGAUACUAGCUCCAGUAGAGUGAGUCUCCAUAUGUUGCGGUUGAAUCCCUUUAACCUCCAUGAUAUUAACGAAUAUAUUGAGCUGGCAACUUAUGAUGGAAAGUCCUUGAAGGACUGGUUAUUGCCCUCAGAUGAAUUACGACAUCGAUUCGUAGAAUUGUUGAAAAAGAAGACAGGAGGUAUUCCGUUGAUUGUAAAGAAUACUUUACUAGCCCUAGUAGAGAAACUUGCAAACUUAUCGCAACCUGUUACCAACGAUGAAAAUAUGGAACCCUUAUUAGAUAGAAUCUUUAACUCGGUACUACUAGAGUCAGUAACGUUUAUUAUUCCAGAGAUACCAGAUUCCGCAACCCUUCUUCGAUAUCAAUUUGUCCUUUCGAAUUAUCAGCUCGGAACAAUUUUUCCAAUCGAAUUUGCAAUUACUAUAUGUGGAACGAGAACUUAUUUGAUGGACUUGGUUGCAACUUUUGGGUUUUACUCUGAAAUUUGUGAAACUGACGGGAUUGACUUGGGCACUAAAUUCAAGAUUGGUUGUUGUGAAUUUAUAUUGAGAGCUCAUAGCAACUAUAACUUUUUCCGUGAGGCUACUGAACUCUUGCCUUUAUCUCCGUUUAGUUAUAUUCCCGACACUGCAACAGCAAAAAGAGUCUUCUUUGAAUUUAUAUUUAUGAAGAUCUUUCGUUUUCGCUUAUUAACUUUUCUUCAUACUAGUUCCUCGCAGAUUGUACAUUCUGCUAUUCCAGGAAUUUUCCAGGGUUCCUUUAUUGAACAGGACAAUAUUUCUUAUUCUAUGGAAUCAACAAAAUCUAAUGAUAUACCCAUCUUGAGAAAUGUCUCUGAUUCAUUUUCUGACCAUUAUGGAAAAUAUUUACAACGUUGUGGUAUUUUUGUUCCAAAAGAUGGCGAUUCGAGUGGUCCUGAUGCAUAUGUUGUAUUCCAUAAUGGACAAACACGUUAUGUUGUUGCAUUUUCAUUUACAUUUUAUCACAAAACUGAAUUUUCGAAGAGAGAUAUUGAGAAGGAAGCAGAACAAUUUUUCCAAGAAGUUAUUUCCGUUCAUCUGUUCAACUUUGUUUUCAGUUUGUGUGAAGAACAGAAUAUUGUUGAGGAUGCAAGUUAUUUGGUUACUGAACAUUCUGCAGGGUCAACUUUGAAUGAAAGUCGUCGAUCAUGUCUGCAAUUGGUAGUUGUUUCUCAAAGGAACCUUGAACGAUUUUUGGGAAGAGAAAAUUUCGAUAUUUUGAGGAAAAUUGGGAAAGCAAGCCGAGAAGAGUUCAGAAAAGACUUUUCAGUAUGGUGUAAAACUGUCUUUGAGUCGAUGUCCGAUGAAUAUGUUUCGCCUUUGGAAGCUAAGCCAUUCAAUGUUACUUUAAGAGUAGCUCGAAAUAUAAGACCGAGAACCAAUGAGGAGAAUAGGAUGCAAAUGGAAGGUUUUCAAACUGCUAUGCAAGUGGAAGAAGGAAAUACACGAGGCGAACAAAGGGUUGCAGCAUCGAGUUCUUUGUCUUCGUCAUUUGAUUGGAAUACUUUCCUAAGAGAAUAUUGUGGUCUUUCUGAAGAAGAUGUUGCUUAUUGUCUUCCGAAAGUGGAAGAUAUUGAUAUGGACGAGCUUCCAGCGGUGACCAAAGAAAUUUUAAGGGACUUGGGUAUAGAUAAACCUGCGUUGAGGUUGAAGAUAAGAUCUUCUAUAAGGUCAUAUCUCGCUAACGAACGAUGAAUGUAUUUGAGAGUUUUGUCAUUUUUUCAAUAUGUUUCAUUCGUUGUAGUUGCAACUCAUAAAUACAAAAUUUUCUAU